CUUCCCAAUUUUAUCACGACCGAUAGAGUUGAUUGGAGACAAGAAGGGUGCAGCUAUGUAUCGCCAAGGAUCUCGCUUGCUGAUGCGAGCAACUGCCGCCGACGGAGCCCGCUUACGGGUGACCGCCGGAAGCCGACCUGCUUCUCAGGCCUUCUCCACCGAAGUUACGGAGGCGCCGGCGGUAGAUUCGUCAUUUCUUGAGGCAUGGAAGAAGGCUGCUCCCAACAUCGACCCCCCGAAGACUCCGCUUGCAUUUAUGAAGCCGCGGCCUCCAACUCCUUCGUCAAUCCCCUCCAAGCUCACCCUCAACUUUGUCCUCCCUUAUCAAUCCGAGAUCUCCAACAAAGAGGUUGAUAUGGCGAUUAUACCUGCAACAACCGGUCAAAUGGGUGUCUUGCCUGGUCAUGUGGCAACCAUAGCAGAACUUAAGCCUGGCGUUCUAUCAGUGCACGAAGGAAACGAAGUCACCAAGUAUUUUGUUAGCAGCGGCUUUGCAUUUAUCCAUGCAAACUCUUAUGCAGAUAUCGUUGCUGUGGAGGCUGUUUCUCUUGAUAGAAUUGACCCGAGCCUGGUUCAAAAAGGACUUGCUGAUUUCACUCAGAAGCUUAACUCUGCUGUCACUGACCUGGAGAAGGCAGAAGCGCAGGUGGGGGUGGAAGUACACAGUGCACUUAAUGCUGCACUUACUGGCUGAUAGAAGACUUUCUUUCUCCUUCGAAGUACUUGGAAUAAUUUGUUGUUAAAAUUGAAAUGUUUAUUUUCUGUUAUUGGUUACAGAUUUGCUCUGUGUUUGUGUAGCAUUAGCAAGUUUAUUUCCUGGUUAAUUUUGCAAGCCAAAAUGAACUGCUGAAAUAACGGCUAUUAACUCUGAGCAUUCUGAAUGCUUCAGCUUUUCAGUUUUACAGUUUUAUAAUCGAUCUCUGUUUUGCUGAGAACUACUUGAGAGCAGACCGGUUUAAUGCU